AUGUUCACAGGUCCCCUUGAUGAAGACAUAGGUAAGAAGCCGACAAUUGCUUACAUACAAUCCAUGAAACUGUCUAAUAACCCACUUGGAGGAACCAUUCCAAAAUCGUUAGGGAAGCUGAUAGAACUAGAAGUGUUAGAGAUGUCUGGUAAUAACAUUUCAGGAAGUAUUCCGAAGAAGGUGUUGAAUUUGGAGAAAUUGCAAGUUCUUGACGUCUCAAAUAAUCAAUUGAGUGGAAGAAUACCUCCCCACAACACAAGCUUUCUGGCUUCUGCAUUUUCGGGUAAUCCUGGCCUGUGUGGUGCUCCGCUCCCUCCUUAUAAGUGCAGAGUGUGUUUAUUGAUGUUAGUGGCUAUGGGUUUAAGUCAUAUUGGACCUCUCAAAGCCAUAAUAUGGUGCAGUUGGUUAAUGAUUCAUGCUGGAUUUGCUGUUACUUGUUCAUUCAUCUUAAACUUUAUUCUUAAUCCUGAUCCAGUUUUGGAGAAAAUUGUUUGGACUGUCAAAUUAUCAAUAGAUAUAGGCGAAUGCUUAAAGCCUAGUGCAAGAGUUGAGGUAUAA